UGCAGCUUCUGAUUGUAAUAAUGACAGUGUGUGACAUCAUAACAGAUGUCAGAGAAACUUCUUUUGCCAUAAAAAAUUUCCUGAAAUUUCAAGUUUCUUGCGGGUAAAAACAAAGCUAACCAAGCGACACCACAAAGAAAAAACCUGCUCAAACCCCCCAAUUAAACCAUGGAAAACCAGGAAAUGCAUAGCUGCGCAUCCUCACAUCCCUCCCAGGAGUCCACACAGGAAGAAACCCCCAAAACAAUGGUCAAGCCACAGAGCAAGACUGUGUUGAUUGGGGUCAACGAUCUCCGCCCCAUCGUGGAGAAACACUUUGACAGGAUCUCCACGGUGCAGUGGACCUUGCUGAAGGACGGCUGCAUCGAUGGGGAGACUUUAAUCAUCCUUGCUGACCUGAUAAAAGAAAUCAUUCAGACAUCAGCAGUGGAUGUUCUAGAAACCCUCAUCCCAAUGCUCAAGAAGAAAGCCAACCAAAAACGGCUCCCAUCCAUAAAAACCGUGGUGGGAGAGGCUUUUUUCAAGUGCAUGGCCAUGAUCCUUGGAAUUAGAACAAAAGUUUGUGAAAAGGCCAAGGAACUGACCAACAUGAUAGAGGAGGAAAUCGAACAAAAGGUGAACAAGAUGAUAAAGAUGGCCAUAAAAGUGCCCAAAGUAGCAAGCCUCUACAUCAACGGAUGCGUGUCAAACUUUAAACGUCUUGGGGUGAUGGUCAAAAACACCGGGAAUGUUUUGCAACGAUUCCUACAGAAAAUAAGGAUCACCCCAGAGUGGACAUACAGGACCUCAUCUGAUUCUGAUUUCACAGAGGAAACAGUUUACUCCUUCCCAAGCUUUUCUGUGGAAAAGUUCUUUGAUUACACAGAGGCUGUAGAAGGUGUGAUUGUUAUUCUCAGAAAGUGGACUACCUGCUCAGAUUCUGUGAGGGUAGAUGCUGCAAUUGAGAUUACCAAUGCUCUUCUGGAAGACAUGGGGAACGAGGAAAGGACCUCGGCCCCGGCUCAUCCUAGCAUCAGCGUAGUGAUGGACAAGGUUAAAAACUUCCUGGCCUCACACUCCCUG